AUGGACUCCCAGACCUGCCAGGACAGGCAGCCCAGUGAGCACCCCAGCAGCAGCAGCAGCAGCAAUUGUAGCAGCAGCAGCAAGAGCCAUUGUGAAAGGGAAAGGAUCCGGAGUCGGAUGAAAAUGGUGAUCGGGCAACUGGAAGGCAUCUUACAGGAGCUCAAGGAGGUGGCCAAGGAGCUCCGGGAGGUGGUGAGCCAGAUCGACCGCCUGACGUCCGACUUCGAGUUUGAGCUGGAGCCGGACGACUGGACGACGGCGACGGCCAGCAGCACCUCCAGCAGCGACAAGGGGGGAGGCGUCUUCGAGCUGGGAGCCCUCGAUUUCACCCCCUCCGACGUCCUCUCCGACAGCUGGGAAUUCUGCUCCUUCCUGGAUGCUUCCACCCCCUCCGACCCAGGCGACGCUCCCGAGCCCCCGCGGCCGCAAGCCCCGCCGGCUCGCCAGCCCGAUUACCGGCUGAUGAACGGGGGGAUCCCCAUCACCAACGGGCCCCGGGGCGGCGGAACCCCGGAUUCAUCCAGCGAGGAAGCCUUCAGCACCGCAACCAGCCAGAAGAUCUCUCACGUCCAGCACCAGCAGCAGCAGCAGCAGCCGCGGCCGGCCGGCACCCGGGAGCGGGUCCGCUUCAGCGAUAAGGUCCUUUACCACGCUCUGUGCUGCGACGACGACCGGGACGGUGACAGCACGGUGUCCCCAGGGGAUGAUGGCCCCGAGGAGCCACGGAAAGCGAUGGCAGGGCCACCCUCAAAGCGUCCUCCCACCGCUGGUGGUGGCGGCGGUGGAGGAGGAGGAGGAGGACCUGCAGGGCGGCGGCUGACAAGGAACAGCAGCACGCAGACCGUGGCCGACAAAAGCACCCAGACGGUGCUGCCUUAUGUGCCAGCCAAGCAGAGGAUUAAGAAUAAAAACUGA